AUGGAAGAGAAUAAUGAUAUAAAGGAAGAUAACAAGAGUAAGCACAGACCUCUUUUUAACUUUAUAGAAGAUUUAGAUGAGGAAUAUGAAUUAGUCCUACCACCAGAAUGCGAAAUAAGAGGAGCCAAUGCUCAUUAUGUUCUCGACCAUGGUAGAUGUACAGAUACUAUUACUAAUUGCAACGAUUUUGUGUGUGAUCAUAGCAUCAAUGUAAGUGCAGCGAGUGUUCUUGAUAAUGCCGAAUGUGCCAUUGUAGAUGCUAGUUGUGGAGAGACUGGAAAUGAAAUGCAACCAGACCAUGCUGAGGAGGAUAGGAAAAAUAGAAGAGUAAGCUUUGACACCUCACGUAAUCAAUACUUUACGGUUGAGAGACACUGCAAAGACAAUGAAAAUGCACUCUUCGAGACUGACGAUGAAUUUCAGGCGACUGAGUUUGAGAUUAACCUUGACACAUUCAAAGAACAAGACCGAGAGGUUUAUUACUCUAAAAUUGCACAUGAAAGACCCUCCCCUUCCAAUGGGGAUAGUAUAAACAAUGAGAAAAAGACAAUUGAGCUUUUAGAGCAGAUUGAGAGUAGAAUUCAAAAUGACAUGAAGUCAUCUGAUGCUAAUAGCAAUCCAAAUGAUAAUGAUAAAAAUGGCCAUACAGUCGAUAAUUCCACGACAGGCAGUACAAUACAUACUGUUAUGAGCGAUUCCCUGGAUAGCCUUUCUGAAUUUACCUCUAAAAUCAGCUAUUCCAAAGAUAGACUUGCACAGAUCUAUGCAUCUAAAGAUGAGGAUCGUAGUCUCCUCAAAAUUACCUUCAGCGAGCCAGCCUCCGAGCCAGAGUCUGGCGAUCAGAAGGUUAUCAUUGAAAGCAUUCCAAGAAUCAGCAAUAAUCCAUUUAUAAUGAAGGACAGGAUGAGUAAGAGUUAG